UUUCCAACUUGCCGUAUUCUCAGAUCGCCGAGUUCUGAUGUGGCUUCUGAUCCUGUUGGGGUUGUUUCAAAACAUCAAAAGGAGCCUCUGCUAAUCUGGGGCAGUGCCUAAAAAUGAUUCUUUAAAUCUUGUAGCCCCCUUGUGGCCAUGGCUGCCCUUUUUUUCCACAAGAGCCUUGUUGUGAACAACAAGGACAAUGAUGAGCUGGAGUUGGAAUGGGAGCUCACCCGAACAUUAGAGAACAAAGUAAUGCUCCUCUAUUUUGGCUCGGGUGAAUGUCCUCGGUGCCAAGAGUUUGCCCCCAUCCUGAAAGAAUUUUUUGUGAAACUUACAGACGAGUUUUAUAUGGAGCGAGCAUCUCAGCUAGUUCUCAUCUAUGUGUCGCUGGACAACACAGAGGAGAAGCAAGAAAAGUUUCUGAAGAAAAUGCCAAAGCGAUGGCUGUUUUUACCUUUCCAGGAUGAGUUCAAAAAGGAGUUGGCAUUGAGAUUUUCAGUCACCCAUCCCCCUGUGGUGGUCGUUUUGAAACCAAAUGGUGAAGUCAUUGCCUACAAUGCUGUGGAAGAAAUCAAACAGCAAGGCACAGAUUGCUUCAAGAACUGGCAAGAGGCAGCUGAUUUGGUGGACAGGAGUUUCCUUUUAUCUCAGGAUUCUGUGGAUGUGACCCUGAGAAGUAUAACUGAUCCCCUUCGGCGGUUCAAGUACAAACUGGUUAAAAACGAAAGAAAAACAUGAAGCAAAAGUGGUGAUCAGGGUGAAGUCUCCUGAUGAGAUGUUUCUUCUUCAUGGAACUUCAGGUUGGUGAACUUGAGUAUUCCCAAACCAUCAUCUAAAACAGGCAUCCUUUAGAUAUCUACCUAAAACAGGCAUCCUUUAGAUAUCUACAACCACACUGUGGUUGGACACAGAAAUUGUUAAUUGCAGGUAGAUUUUGAGAUUUGAAAAUUUGAUUUUUUUUUCUAAAAGAAAUCUAAAACUUGCAGCUAUGAAAUUAUUAGAUAUGUAUAUAGUGUUUAUUGUAAUUGGAACUUGGAAUGAACAUAUGUCAUAAUGCACUAAAGGUACUCAAUAGGACUGUGAACACUUUGAAAAUAAUUCGGAAGCGCUUCAGACCUCAAAAGCACACAAUCUCUCUCUCUUUUUGCAGACUUUCAGGUGAGCCUGGGAGAAAAAAAAGCUUGUCUAUUUGAAAGGGUGAAAUGAUUAAAGUCACUGUGACCCUUAAAGAAGCUACAACAUUUUUUUAUGCUUUAGGCAGAAGUCUGAAGUUGAGUAGAUGUUUUAAUGAAUAGCAAAAGUGCUGUGCUCAGCACUUGCCUCAGAUCUAAAUCACUUCUUCCAAAUACACU